AUGCCAAACGUUCCAUGUGAAAGUUUCGCAGAUUUAGAAAGAAACAUGGAAAUUCUGGGCGUGAAAUUUGCACCGUUAAACGUACCUCUGGAAAGAAGAUUACAAACAUUAAUUGUUGCGAUAUGGAUUUUUGUCACCGCUUUCGGAGAUUUUUGGGGAUAUCUAAUUACAAUUUAUCUUAUAUUCUACACAGAAACGAUACGCUAUUUUUUAUUACUAUAUUUCCUCUGGAUGUAUUACGAUUGGGACACUUGCCAUAAUGGUGGUAGAAGUGAAAUAUGGACAAGAAUGGCAAGAAACAACGUGUUUUGGCGUCAUUUUUGCAAUUAUUUUCCGUUAAAAUUAGUGAAAAUGGUAGAUCUAGAUCCCAAAAAAUCUUAUCUUUUCGUUUCUGUACCUCAUGGUAUUUUAUCGAUUGGAAUAUUUGGUUCAUUUGCAUCAGACAUAUUGGACUGCAAGAAAUUAUUUCCCGGACUUGAAUUCCAUACAAUCACUCUCGAUCAACAUUUCAAAAUACCUUUAUUCAGAGAAUAUCCUUAUUCCUUAGAAUUUAGUUUUUGCACUUAUCUUACGGCGUUGGUUCCUGUCUUUUCUUUUGGCGAAACGGAUUUAUAUAAUCAAAUAUACAGCCCAGAAGGAUCGACUCUUAGACGCAUACAGAACUAUAUUCGCAAUCUUAUUGGACUAGCACCCAUCGUUUUUUCGGGCAGAGGAUUCUUUCAGUAUUCAUUUGGUCUUAUUCCGAAGCGCUUACCUGUCACCGUAGUCGUUGGCAGUCCUAUUGAACUACCGAAAAUAGAUGAACCCACGACUGAGCAAAUCAACGAAUAUCACGAAAAAUUUAUGAAAAGUUUAGUUGAACUCUUCGAAACGCAAAAGUAUAAUUAUAUCAAAAAUGCAGAGAAUGUUACUCUCGAACUAUAA